AACAAGUUUUAUUGCUUAUCACUUGAAUUGAUAAUUUGAUAUCUACAGACAAUAAAAAAGUCUGCACAAAGUCAACCUCUAAUUUUUUGGCUGUACUUUUUGUUUGUGACUUGACUGUGGUUCUUCAAGUUUCUGAAUGUUUUGUUUGAGAGUUCAAUUUGUGGUUCAAUUUGAGGAUUGCUAAGAUGAUUCAUUGUGUUAUAUCAGCUUAAAAAAUUGUGUUUUUGUCGUCUCUUACUAAUAUAUCAGUUAUAAAAAAUGGAUUCUUCCAGAAGAAACAAUACAGAAGAACAACGCUGCAUACUGGGACUUCAAGAUUUGAAAAUAUCGAAUAAAGUCGAGGAUGGAACUGAGCAAGCGCACAGUGCCGCAACAUCAAAUUCGAGUACUCUCGGAAAAACUCGUCCGGUGGGCGCAAUAGAGAGCUUCGUACUCGACAACACCCAAAAUAAUCGACAGGAUUAUAGUUUUUACGAACGAUCAAAUGUCAUAGCCGCCUCAAAGUUUGCAACUCCUAAAAGAGUGGAGACAAUCGCGUCGAUUAACAAACGCGAUUUGAACGCAGCUGCACUGCCUGCAAGUCCUACGCGUUCCAUUGAUUCGUUAUCGCAGAGGUCGCUUAGUUAUCAGACAGAUGAUUUGUACGAGAUUCCGGGUAACCCGAACGCUCAAUAUCCGCCGCCCGUUUACGAGAACAUAGAUUAUUACGGCGAGCAGCGCUCUCCACAACCACCCUACUACCAUCAGCUGUAUCAGCAGGGCCCGCCGCCGCCUGUCUCCGACGGAUACUACGACACGAGAUAUAGCAAAGCUCAGCCUCAAGUACCUGUCAAUUCUAAACCUAAGUUCAACCCAACUGUUUAUGAAAAUAUGCUGUGUACUGACAAUGAUAAAAAAAGUGAAUACAAAGUGCAGCAAAGUCAAGAUCAGCGUUUCAUACAACAAGGAUCAGUUCCAGGGCCCCAGGUGGCCAAUAGUAGUGUGAGCAGGAGUGCACAUGUGCUGAGUGACAAAGUUAAGACUGAAAAGGCCCCACCGCCGCCUCCCUACAAGGGUCAAGACAACCAGAGUGGUGACUACACCAUAAUGAAGUCAGCUCCUCCAAAGUACACAGAUGUAAGUGCAUUAUUAAAGAAUGAUAACACUGUUAGCUUUGAUGAUAAAGUUGUUACAAUACCAUCCACUGCUAUAUAUGCAUCUAUUGCUCCAAGUGCACAGAGGCCUAAAGCUAAUCUAGCCACAGAAGUGCAACCAGUGGCGCCUAGUCCUAAGUUCUUCCAUCCUAAACCAGUCAUCAGUAACAAUAUUGUUAAGGAAAAAACUCCCUCUAUAAAUGGAGGGUAUAGUCCAAAGCCCACUGGCAAUAGGAUGCAGAUUGUGGAAGACAGCAAUGGUUCAGACUAUGUGUGCAUGACAGGAGGGUCAUCUGUAGCUGCUGUAGCUGUAGCCAAUCGGGACAAUGCAUCAUUGGCUUCAGAAUCUAUGGGUUCUAGAAAUUUAGUGUCUGGUUUAACAUCAUUGUGUUCACCUAUUCAAUCACCAGUACCUAGUCCUACUCCUAGUUCUGUGUCACAAGUUUCUGGGGGCUCUCGUGGUUCUGGUGGGAGAGGCAAGAGUCUUCUACCAUACAGCAUUACACCUCCUAGACCAUCUGGUCCGAGUGAGGCACAGCGGAAGAUUGAAGCACUAACCAGGCAGCUUGAAGAAGAAAUGGAAAGGCAAGAUGAAGAAGGAGAAUACUUUGGUAUAUGUCACACAUGUGGUGCAGGAGUGACCGGUGCGGGCCAGGCUUGCCAAGCUAUGGGCAACUUGUACCACACCAACUGCUUUAUUUGUUGUUCUUGUGGCCGGGCACUGAGAGGCAAGGCAUUCUACAAUGUACAUGGAAAGGUCUACUGCGAGGAGGACUACUUGUAUUCUGGAUUCCAACAAACUGCUGAAAAAUGUGCAAUAUGUGGACAUUUGAUUAUGGAAAUGAUUUUGCAAGCUAUGGGUAAAUCGUACCACCCAGGAUGUUUCCGGUGCUGUGUGUGCAAUGAAUGUUUGGAUGGUGUACCAUUUACUGUUGAUGUGGACAAUAAGAUAUACUGUGUUAAUGACUACCAUCGCAUGUUCGCGCCCAAAUGUGCUAGCUGCGGUAAAGGAAUAACUCCAGUUGAGGGCACUGACGAAACAGUUCGGGUGGUGUCCAUGGACAGGGACUUCCAUGUGGAUUGUUACAUGUGUUGUGUUUGUGGCAUGCAGCUCACCGAUGAACCUGAUAAACGUUGUUACCCCUUGGCUGGGAAAUUGAUGUGUCGUGCGUGCCACUUGGCCACAAUAGGCGCUGCCACCGGUCCGGGAUUGCCUCCGGCGCCUCAUCUCUCGCCUGCUUCUUAUCAAUACAUGGGUUGAACCAUAUCAUAUGGAUAGACAGCUCAAAUAGCUUCAAAAUGGGGUUAGAACUAAUACUAUGUAUCUUCGUUAACGCGCGCCAUUAGUUAACCAGCCAGUGUAUGUUUCGAUAGAUUUACAUGUUAUAAUUAUUGACAAUGAAUGUACUAGAUGUGACGUGAUAUCUGUGUAAUGUAAUAUAGCUUUAACAUUUGUUAUAUUAGAAUUAACAAAUUGGAUUAUGCUCAACCGAAAUGUUAAAGUAAAUAUGUGGAACACAUUAGUGUACACAUAGUAUUAUUAACUGUAGAAAACUGUAUGCAGUGACGUGGUUCAUCACCUCAUUUAAACAAUAUGUGCUAUGUUUAAAUAUUUAUUGAUAUAUUGUCUUUUGCGCUUCACAAUAUAGAUAUUAACUUACUAUAUGGGUUCCAGAUAAGUUUCUAAUAAAGUAGAUAAGUGAAUACUAAGUAAGUUUAUUUAAGCAGUGACAUGCAUGAUAUUUUGUGUAAUAAGUAGUUAGAACAAAUAAGGAUACCAUAAUACAAAUGUGAUUUGUUCCCUAAUAAUGUUUGCCUAUUGGCUGCAAGCAGUUUGUGAUAUCAGUAGCUUUUGUUUUAUACUGUAAACACAUGGCAGUUUGUUUUUUUUUUGGUAAUAUAUACACUACAAACCUUAUAAUAAAUCUUACUGGCUCAGUUUUUCACAGUACAAAGAAAAAUUAAUACUACAUGGCAUUUUUAAAUCACCAAUUAUGAUGCAUUUAUUAAUUUUAAACUGGACAUGACAGCACUCCUGGUUUUAAUAUGAAUGGUCAUCUUAAGGUAAGGAAGUUGGAAGCAAAAAA